CUAAUUUUUGUCGUCGCAAAAUUUCUUCCCAUUCGUCGCUAUCGCUCCAAGGAUCCAUCCUCCCUGAAACGUUAAGGGUUUCGAGUCGAAAGACUGGUCCUGACUUAGGCUUAGGCUGUAUCUGACUUGAUUCGAUGAUGAGGCCUGUUUUCUGCGGAAAUUUCGAGUACGAAACUCGCCAUUCAGACCUGGAGAGGCUUUUCUCCAGAUAUGGAAGAGUUGAUCGUAUCGACAUGAAAUCUGGGUUUGCUUUUGUUUAUUAUGAGGAUGAGCGUGAUGCUGAGGAUGCAAUUAGAAGUCUUGAUAAUGCACCAUUUGGAUAUAGCAAGCGCAGGCUGUCAGUUGAGUGGUCUAGGGGAGAACGCGGACGUUACCGGGAUAACGUGAGGGGAAUGGCGAACACAAGGCCGACAAAAACUCUGUUUGUUAUAAAUUUUGAUCCAAUCCGCACAAGAACUCGUGAUAUUGAAAGGCACUUUGAACCGUAUGGCAAAGUUCUUAAUGUUCGGAUUCGGAGGAAUUUUGCAUUUGUGCAAUUUGAUAGCCAAGAGGAAGCCACAAAGGCACUUGAAUGCACAAACAUGAGCAAGCUUCUUGACAGAGUGGUUUCAGUUGAAUAUGCCCAUAGGGAUGAUGGAGAAAGAGGUGACAGGUUUGACAGCCCUAGAAGGGGCUAUGGUGGGCGCGGUGACUAUCCAUACGACCGAUCUGUUAGUCCAAUCCGCAGGAACCGUCCAAGCCCCGAUUAUGGGCGGCGGCCGCGCAGUCCGGUUUAUGAUCAUUUCAAUGGACCAUCAUAUGGUAGUAGGAGCCCUGAUUACUACCGAUAUCGAAGCCCAUCUCCUGUUAAAAGGUCCAGAACUUGAUCCGGGACUGAGACUAGCACGAUGGAGAACUGAAGCUAUAUAUUCGGCAUUUUCAAUAGAUUUACUUACUGCUCUGUUGCGUCACUAUGGGAACUAGUUUGAUAACAAUGUAUUUUGAGUCUAAGAACUGUUUUAUGAACUCAUCUAUAGGUAUGGAGUACUUACUAAUUUAACUGUUUUUUUAGUUCAUUAUCAUCUAGAAACUUUUAGCAUAUUAAUGUUUUAUUUUAUUAUCUGAAUGUUGAUUCAGAGUAAACCUUACAACCA